AUAUGCACAAGUCGCAAAAAGGCAGUCAAUGCUGGACACUUCUCCUGCUCAGCUCUCUCAUUAUGAUGGUACUGUUGGGAUUAAGCUACUGGUGGUUUGUGCCGCAUCAGCAAACCUUUUGGUCCGUGUUGGGAUCAUCAAGCGAGAAUACAGAUGGACCUAAGUUUUAUUUUCCGCCUCGACUGGUGCCGAAGGAGUUGAAACUGCGACGUGAGCAGCCAUUUAUCUACCAAAUACUCCAUUAAUCGUAGAAAUGUUAGUUUACCUUAUUUAUUAUUAACUAAUGUAGGCAAUAAAUUACAUUUGUAGAGAUAUAGUA